AUGCAUUUUGAAGGGAGACAGAGAUCGCCCCGCGCCACGCCUCUGAACCGCGAGCUCGGGAGAUGGCAGAUCUUCAUGAUUGCCAUCAGCACCAUCAUCGGCAUCGGCUUCGUCUCAAGGGCAGGCGAGAUCCUGGCGUUCGGCGGCCCUGCGACGGUGCUGGUCUCGUUUGCACUCGUCGGCGUGGUCGCCGUGGCAGUCAUGGAGGGGAUAAGCGAAAUGGUCGUGACCUGGCCCGUUUCGAACCCGCUGGUCGAGUUUGUCCGCCGCUUUGUUGACCGUGACUUUGCGGUCGUGGUGUGCGUCGCAUACUGGUACACCUGGGCAAUCACCUUUGCUGCUCUGGUCUCCACUGCUGGCAACAUUGUCAAGUAUUGGAACAACAGCAAGGCUGCAGAAGCACUCGUCUACGCCCUGUGUCCACUUUUGGUCUUCUUCAUCAACUUCAACACACUCUUUGGCUACAUAGAGCUUUUUGGGGGAGUGCUGAAGCUUCUAAUCGUGUUCAUGGUUUUUGUUAUCAUGCUAUGUUUAAAGGGAGGCGUGGACUGGGCUCAUGAGCCAUCAAAAGAAGAAGGAUUCGGCAACUAUAUCGCUGAUGGAUUUCGACACCGCUGUCAAGUCUCGAGCAGCAGUGGGGUUGCUGUCUUAAUCGGCAUCAACCUUGCAGUAUAUCCGUUUGUCGGAGUUGAAUCAGUGACCAUGACGGCGUUCGAGGCCAAAGACACAAGAGAGCUCAAACCACCCACCAGGAACAUCAGCUUCAUUGUACUAUCCGUCUACAUGAUAAGCAUCGUCAGCAUGCUACUGAAUGUCUGGUGGGAAGAUCCGCUUCUCAUGAGGUACUACGAUCAGUGGACCGCCGGAGAACACAACACGACGAACUGUCCGGACUCAACCCCAGGCCAGCAAUCCUUCGUCACAUCCCGGGCCUCCAACAGCACAGGCGACGACGACAGGCUUCUCCCCGUCAUCGCGACCGACCGCUUCGGCAUCAAGAACCUCGGCGGCGUGAUCAACGCCUGCCUCCUCUACUCGGCCUUCAGCGCCGCCAACUCGGCCCUCUUCGUCGCGUCGCGCACGCUGUACGGGCUCGGGUCCAGCAUCCAGCGCGACGAAAAGUCUGCGUUCCUGCGCCUCCUCGCGAGCUUCGGCGACGUCGACGGCAACGGCGUGCCGCAGCGCGCCAUCAUCGGCUCCAUCUUCUUCGCCUGGCUGCCCUUCCUCUCGCUCCACGACGCCCCCGGCACCCACAGCAUCCAGGACAUCCUGCAGAGCAUCGGCACCACCAGCUGCAUCCUCGUGUGGGCCUCGCAGGCCCUCGCCUUCCUGCGCUACCACUGGUGGCUGCGCAAACACCACACCGAGCUGAAGGGGCAGUACAGAAAGUUCGACCGCUGGACCCGCGCCGAUCGCCUCAGCUGGCUGGAGUUCGCGCAGCCGUGGCUGGCGUGGUUUUCGCUCGUCGCGAGCCUGACAAUUCUGUUCGUUUUUGCGAGCGCCGGGCUGUGGUCGUCGGAGACCAAUGCGAGGGAGAAGCUGGCGGUCAAGGCGCUGGAUCAGUACCUGGGGCCGGGGCUGCUGCUGCUGAUGUUCGUGGGCCUCAAGGUUGUGAAACGGAGGGGCUGGGUGAGGUUGGGGAAUUGGGACGAGUUGAGGGAGACGCUGAAUGAUUUGAAUGAGUUGGUGAUGCCGAGCAGUACAUCGACAGGGGAUCGACAGGCCAAUGGCUCGCUUGAACCUAAUGGCCGUGUGGAUGGUACGGAGGUCUACGAAAUGGUCAACGGGACUGUGCACGAGAUGUGA